AUGUUAUUCAAGCAUUCUUUUUCGGAAGAUAACCUACCCCUCCUUCCGUCAACUGUUGCCUCAAACCUCUUUUCUUCAUCGUCGUUGCUACUCUUUGAGCAACGACUCAACGCUUUCAACGUUAAGGCGCAUCACCGUUUUGAUGGACACCCAUUCAAAGUGGUUUGGCGGUUGACAUUUGCCGCCAGUCAAAGGUCACAUGACAUCGUAUCCCCGCUAAUAAGUAUCCACGUGCGGACAGACGAUGUGCGGGCAUCGAGUCGAGAAGGCACGUUUCCCGCCUCUUUCUUCAUCAUACGGCUCAAACACCUAGACUUCGUCCCCAUUGAUUCUUCUAUUAUCCGGCUCCUGUCUUCUUCAGGAACAUUUGGCGCCAACCAUUACAAUUUGGCGCGCAAUAACGUUCAACCAUCAACAUCAACCUCAGACUACAGAGAUUCACCAGACUUAUUAUCCAGCAGCCAGGAACUCGACACCGCAUUCUUUCCUUUCUUCAUCCUGUCAUUCCAUAAAUUCAAAUAUAUCUUAAUCUAUCUAUCUAUCUAUCUAUCUAUCUAUCUAUCUAUCUAUCUAUAUAGUUGGAUUGAUCAUUUCUCUAUCACUUUCUUUCAUUCUUUCACCCUCUCUCUCUUCCAAUCUAUCUAUCUAUCUAUCUAUCUAUCUAUCUAUCUAUCUAUCUAUCUAUCACUUUCUCAAUCCCUAUCUCUUUCUCUCUCUUUAUCACUAUUUGUCCUUUGUUUGUCUAUCACUAUCUCUCGUCUUUCUUUCUUUCUUUCUUUCUUUCUUUCUUUCUUUCUUUCUUUACUGCCUCAGCAUUUCUCUAUCUCUUUCUUUCACCCUUUUACUCCCUCUCUCUCUCUCUCUCUAUCUAUCUAUCUGUCACACUUUCUCACUCGCUAUCACUUUCUCUCUCUUUCUCUAUCACUAUUUGUCUUUCUCUUUCACUAUCUCUCUUUCUUUCUUUCGUUCUGUUUUCACUGCAUCAGCAUUUCUCUAUCUCUUUCUUUCACUCUUUCACUCUCUCUCUUUUCCACUUUAUCUAUCUAUCUAUCUAUCUAUCUAUCUAUCUAUCUAUCUAUCUAUCUAUUUCUUACUCCCUCUCUUUAUAUAUAUAUAUAUAUAUAUAUAUAUAUAUAUAUAUAUAUAUAUAUAUUAGGAUAUUAA